GAGAGACAGCCAAUAGAAACCAUGAAAGCGCCGUGACGAGAGCAUAUUGGCCAAUUGCAAAAGGAGAUGGGCGGGUUAUAAUAGUGUCCGCCAAUGGUUGAGAUCGUUUCUUGUCUCCCAGCAACCAGGAAACAACGCGCUUGCGCAGUGCUUAAUCGACAGGGCAGCUGGGCUGUGGAACAGACAACAUACAUUAUUAAAUUAAGGCACUCCAGUAAUGCUGGGAAGUACAAUCCUAAAACAUCGACAACAUGUUGGACUGCAGAAACUCUCAGCGCUUGCAGGAAUCACACAUUCUUCAUUGGGCCCCAAUAAAAAGUACAAGUUUGUCCAAGAUGACACGGGUGGGCAGUCAGCCCUUGUGUGCUCAUGUUUUCGCAUCUUGGAGAACCUGGAGCUGACCUGCGCGGUGGGUCAGUUGGUUUACGAGACUAUUCAAGUUCACCAGAAGGUCUAUCAUACAGGGUCGGGAUCCCUGCUGUUUUUCGCAGGAGUAUGGAGCCGUGCUGCUCUGGAGUGCCUUCAGAGAGGAAUUUCAGUAGCACACAUCAUCUCAGCUAUGUCUGAAGGCAUGGAUAUAUGCUUGGAUGUUUGCAGGAAAUGCAGUGUCUCAGCUGUGGGUCUUGGUGUGGAGCAGUCAGAAAGCCGCACUGCGACAUCUCAUGCUUCAGGACUUCAGCUGUCAAAGAAACCCAUCGUGGAGGCUUCACAGGCAUCAUGCCAUCUACAAGGGACAACAAAAGUUUGUUACAAGACUCUAAAUGCCAUUGGACAAAGGAAAAUAAAGCUUAGCAGACACUUUUGUAAAGUAAAGUCUGAAAAUGUAUCCACAGAACUGCAACCUCAUCAGCCUAAGCUUCCUGACAUUGCACCCCUUGCUGAGGGAUUGAGUCAUGGUUAUGUUGAUGCAAUGAAUUUAGUUGUUGAAGCCAGCCGAAUACAGUCACAAAAUAAUCAGAAAGAUAUCAGCUGUUCCACAUUUGAUAUUACCAAAGUGGUGACAUGUGUGCUACCUGGUUUACCAGAGGACCAGGCGUGCGUUUUACCAGGCUGUGUUGUUCUCUUAUCUUCUGAACAGGCUUCAGUUGCACAUCACUUAACAGAACAGCACUUGAAGGUUGCUCUAAUUAAUGGAGAUUUAUCAGAGACCUAUCGCCAUCUUGGCUUUAAUAGGCCAGCAGGUAUACAGUGUGUGAGUGACCAGUCGGAUUUGUCAAAUUCAAGCAAAGAACAAGAGUGGAUGGAAAAGGUUGUGGCAAUUCUGUUGAACCUGAAAGUGAAGCUGAUACUGGUCAGUGGGCUUGUUGGUGAGAAAGUGAUUCAGUGCUGUUGUAAGCAUCAUAUACUUGUGGUGGGAAAAGUGAAGGCUUCUGUUUUGAAGGCAUUCACUAAUGCAACGGGAGCUAUUCCAGUGAGCUAUACCACACAGUUGAGUAAGCACUGUGUUGGUACUGGAGUGAAGGUUGUGAUAUGGAGGGAUCUCAGCAGCCAUGACAGGAAGCCUUUAACAACUGUGAAUAUUUCUACAGGUGUGAACCAUGAGUUGGUCACAGUGAUCCUCACAAGCUGUGUACAAGGCAAGCUGCAGGUUCUGGAAGACCAAUUUUGGGCAUGUGCUUAUCGUUUACACCACGUGCUGAAAGACAAAGUAUUCCUUCCAGGUGGUGGAGUGACAGAACUGCUUUGUGUUCAUCACCUUCAAAAGCACGCAGAGCACCAUGUCAAGCAUAAUGGAAAAAAGAAUGGGGACUCAGUCCAACAAACCAAAGCAGGAACAGCAGCUAACCCUUACAGGGAUGUAGUGUUGCACCUCAUGGCAGAUGGUUUAAUAGAUUACAUAGCCACUGUCAUUGUUAACACUGGAAAGCUUUCAAAAGUCAAAGCUUGGACUGCUGUGAGCCAACAACUGCAGGACUAUAACGAAAGUCUAGACAUUACUACUAAGUUCUCACAACUUUUCUUGGAAGGUGACCAAGAGGAUUUUUUGAUUCCCUCCCUCAUGAAGACCAGUGAAGCACCAGCAAUAAAGAUCUAUGAUAAUCUGAGUGUGAAGCAGGAAGCAUGGAGGAAAGCUUUAGAUCUGGUUUUCCUGGUUUUACAGACUGAUGCAGAGGUCAUCACAGGCAUUGACCAAAAAACUGAUGGUGCACAGGAAAAUCUGAUGGUGUUAUGACUUCCAUGUACAAUCCUGGAGAUUUGACUGUACACAACUUUGUGAAUGGUUUUUUUUUUUUGUGUGUGUUUUUGUUUAUUUGAACUUUAAAAAAUGUGUUUGAAAUAUGAAGUUCAGUUUUUGAAUGUUACAAAGUGAAAAUAGUGUGUGUAUAUAUAUUAUUUAUUUUCUUGUCAUCAAUAAAUAGUCAAAGGACAAAAUACCAAAAGUAAUUGUAGUGAAGCAAAGCUACCUAUUUGCUACCACUUGGGGGCGACAAAUUGUUAAAUGACUCUGUAGUGUAUCUGACUCUCUCAUACAAAGUGAUACAUAAAAAUGACAAUAGACUUGGCCUAAAUUAGGAAAAAAGGAGUGCAAUGGUGAGACUAUUUCAGACGUGUCUACUGAAUGAAAUUAAGAUGCAUUUGGUCCUAUCUGACUCUGAACCUUUGCCAUCCUGGCCUCCAGGUAUUGAAAAGCUGUGAGAAAUUAGCACGGUCUCUUAAAAAAACAUACAUGAAGUGCAGUCAGUAGAAAUGAUAUAUUUCCAUAUUGACAGUACUUGUAGAUGGCUUUGUACACACCUUGUCUUCGUGCCCACUGCAGCCAGGGAAAACAAAUAGUACAUGUCCAAAACCACAAUUAAAUUACUUUCUCAUGGAGCAUGGGAGGAAUUUUGUUGUGCCCGUAUGUUUUGUAGUCUUGGUACACUUCCUUUAUGAUAUUUGCUUGGCUAGCACUGUUCACAUUAGACACUACUUCCACGCCAACUGUGGCGGUUUUAUGAUCUGCUCUCCCAUAAUGUAAAUGGCUAAUGGAGAAGGAAUGCCUCCAGACCGAGUAAAUGUUUUUGGCUAAGUCUCAGUAGGCCCUGUCCUUUUUAAAAAAGUUAGAUAAUAGUAAUCACAACUUCUGGCAGUUUAUUAAGUUGUUUGAAUUCUUGAAUCCUUUUGUAAGCCAACACUUCGCUUCGUAUGCCGUCACAAGUUGUCUCCUCCAGGAGUUUAGGCUUAUUUUGAAUCAGUGUAAAAAUAUAAAAUUGAAAACCUUCGUCAUUUCAAAGAGAAAUGUCUACUAUUUGGAAAAAUCAAAAACCACAUAAUUGGUUAUCGUUAUACUUUUUCCUACUUUGCAUAUUGUAUUUGAAAGGUGUCAGUUGCAACGCAACGUGAGAACUUCCAUUUCCUCUGAGAGAGAUCGCAUUCUAAAAAUAGUUCAGUGAAAUUAAAAUGCUGCAAAGGCUUAUUGCUGGAACCCUAACAACUUUGACUCAGGCAUCACUCAGCAGUGGUGUGACCUUGAGAGGGUGGGGUAUGACAUAACAUAACAAACACAAAAUAGAGGAGGAAAUUGUAAUGUUAAAUUGGUGAAAUAUCUGAGAGUUCAGUCUACGUUUUCUUAUCUGCUUAUCUCUACAGAGGAAACCUUGGACCGAUUCAUGCACACAUUUAUAGUUUACCUUAAAAAUGUUAAACCUAAAGAGUUGGGUGAGAUGAUCCAUCUUAUUUCAUAAUUGCUAGUUGACAGGGUGGACUGUUAAUUUUUCACUGUGUCACUAUAUUCAAGGUAAGAUCUCAGUAAAAUUUGCAGUUGAAGUUAAGAGGGGAAAAAGCAACUGAAGCAAUUUACAUCGGUUUGUUAAUGGAAAAA